CCAGCUCCCUUCCAAUCCAGAGCAGCAGCCCUCCAGUUCCCAAGGUCCCCUUCUUGUCUGUCUCGCCACAAUGGAGAAGCACCAACUACACAACGCCUCGCCGCAGACGGGCGUCGCUCUCAACCCAGAUCCCGUCCUCGACGUCACUCACGAGCACCACCACCCCCACCUGCACCAUGGCUCUCAAGCUGCCGCGCCUGAGAUUGCCUACUCGCAGGCCACUGACGACCAAUCCUCCAGUCUGCACCAGCGCAAGCCGCUGAAUGAGAAGGGCGGCAUUGUCGACAUUGACGAUGCCGAAAAGGGAAGCAGCAGCCCCAUUGCUCGCGCCGAGGAAGAAAAGCAACGCGGCCCAUUCGCCAAAUUCUACGCGCAAUACCGCCUCUUUUUCCACAUCGCCAUCUGGCUGGUCUUCACUGGAUGGUGGAUUGUAGGCCUCGUCCUGCACCGUCACGACAAGAACUGGGUCAUCCCGUUCCUCUUCUGGCUCGCCAUCUCCCUGCGCAUCUUGUUCCUCCAUGUCCCCAUUGCCUAUGUCACCCGGCCCAUGUACUGGUCCUGGAACAAGACGGCUAUUCCGUUGCUUAAUCUCAUUCCCGAAAGGCUGAGGUAUCCACUUGGUGGUGCCGUCACUGUCGCCGUAUACUUGAUCGGUACCUUCUGCAGUCCCGUCAGCGCCGAGAACACCCUGUCCAACCGUGGCGUUUCCCUCCUUGGCCUUGUCGUCUUUACGUUCGCCCUCUGGGCUACGUCUCGCAACAGGAAGAAGAUCAACUGGCACACCGUCAUUUCAGGCAUGCUCAUGCAGUACAUCAUCGCCCUCUUUGUCCUGCGCACGACUGUUGGAUAUGAUAUUUUCAACUUCAUCUCCGAACGGGCCAGAGACCUGUUGGGAUUUGCGGACAAAGGCACCGCCUUCCUGACCACGGACGCAAUCCCGAAAACGUACAAAUGGUUCCUCCUUACCGUUUUGCCUGCCAUCAUCUUCUUCGUCUCGCUGGUCCAACUGCUCUACUACGUCGGUCUCAUCCAGUGGUUCGUCGGAAAGUUUGCCGCGUUCUUCUUCUGGAGCAUGCGCAUCUCUGGUGCUGAGGCUGUCGUCGCUGCCGCCUCUCCCUUCAUCGGCCAGGGUGAAUCCGCCAUGCUUAUCAAGCCGUUCGUCCCGCAUCUUACCAUGGCCGAGAUCCAUCAAGUCAUGUGUUCCGGUUUCGCGACCAUUGCCGGUUCCGUGUUGGUUUCGUACAUUGGAAUGGGCGUCAACGCGCAAGCGCUCAUUUCCUCUUGUGUCAUGUCCAUUCCGGCUUCUUUAGCGUACAGCAAGCUCCGUUACCCUGAAGAGGAAGAGACGCUCACGGCUGGUCGUGUUGUGGUUCCCGACGAUGAGGACCACAAGGCCUCCAAUGCCCUGCAUGCCUUUAGCAACGGUGCUCUUCUGGGUCUUAGGAUUGCCGGACUGAUCAUGGCGACGCUCCUCUGUAUCAUUGCUUUCAUCGGCCUGGUCGACGGUCUGCUUACCUGGUGGGGACGCUACCUCAAUCUUACGGGCGACUAUGACCUGACUCUCGAGCUCAUCCUGGGCUAUGCGUUUUACCCGAUUGCGUUCCUGCUUGGCGUGGACCGCAAGGGCGGCGACCUGCUCAAGGUGGCGAGGCUCAUCGGCAUCAAGAUCGUUGAGAAUGAGUUUGUUGCGUACAACAAACUGCAGACGGACGUUGAAUACUCCGACCUGUCGGAUCGCUCCCGCCUUAUCGCCACGUAUGCGCUUUGUAGCUUCGGCAACAUUGGCUCCCUCGGCAACCAGAUCGGUGUCCUGAACCAGCUCUCGCCCGGCCGCGCUGGUGAUAUCUCCAGGGUCGCCGUCUCGGCCCUGCUCACGGGCAUUCUGGCCACGCUGUCCAGUGCUAGUAUUGCCGGCCUGGUCAUCAUCGACCAAAAGGCGUUCUUCACGCCGUCGUCAUCGUCGUAAGAGUAGGAAGUUUAAUGUUUUUCGC